AUGGCGGAACAUCUGGAAAAGACACGAGUCGGAUCACAUCCAAACCCGCCUGAGAUUUCGAACCUGGAAAUACGAAAUACAUGGUCGGGCAAUUUCGAGGAUCCAGUGGCCGUAAGAAUCUCCCUGGAGGUCCAGUGUUUUCCCAACACGCAGUUUCAGCUUCUGAACACAAAGCACUCGGCCAUCUCCCUUAUCAGCACUUCUGUAACCCGCGUCCAUUCGGACCAUUUCGGUCAGAGCGAUCAGUCAAAAUGUGAAUACCGUACCCCCAGUCCCCUCUUUGCUUUCUCUUCAUCAGUGACUGAGGACGAAGAUAAUGGAGAGGAUACUAAGCUUGACUCGGGGAGAUCGUCUGUUUUCAACGCGGGGCAUGAGGUCAGCGACGUCAGCUCCCUCAAGGACGUUGUUGGGUCACCCUGCAACGAUCAGGUCGGGGAGAUCAGAUCCCGUUCUGAUGGAGCCAGCCCUCAGUCAGAAAGACCACGAGUGACACGUCUGAGGACCACGAGCCUUCAGGAAACACGCCGCCGACAUGCAUCUCGUAGCACUCCCCCAAUGAAACCGCCGCCCAUAUGUCUAAACAUCGCUCGAUCUGAGGACCGCAACAAUGCCCAGAAUCUAGGGAAGCGAAGCGCUGCAGAUGCGUGUCUUCCGAGUUCCGCAUCAGACACGGAAAGUGAAGAUUCGAACGAGAAAGCAGUGGGACGCGGUGAUGCCUCGCACAAUGCUGUCUCUACCGGCCUUGCUCACAGACACAAAAGCCCAACGAAAAGUCCACUUGCUGAGAAGAUGCAGAGGUUGAGAGGCAGGCUGUCCACGAGCUAUCGCUCUAACCAUUCGAGUCGAAGUUCUAGAUCUACAUCAAAGAUUGACAAGCCAGUCGAACUAGUGCUCUCAGAUGCAUCAUCCGAUGCUGGCCUGGGUGCUUCGAGCUACAUCAAGGUUGGGGAAAAUGACCUUUCAAACUCCACGGCUACUCUUAUCGAUCUUGCAGAAGUAGCUGCCAGUACCGUGUUGCCUACGGGUAAACAACCAGACUCUGGUAAUGGCUCGAUCUUGCCGGCAAAAUACAAAGACACCGAAGAAGCAGCUGUCUGUAAGGUUCUUCCUACUGAUAAGCAGCCGGACUCUGUAACUGACUCGAUCUUGACGGGUAAAGACAUCAAAGAAGCAGCAGUCAGCACCCUGUUGCCUACGGAUAAACAACCAGAUUCUGGUAAUGACUCGAUCUUGCCGGCAAAAGACAUCGAAGAAGCAGCUGUCAGUAACGUUGCGCCUACGGAUAAGCAACCGGACUCUGGUAUUGACUCGAUCUUCACGGCAAGAGACAUCGAAGUCCUAGAAAAGUCCCUUUGGGAGCACGAGUCUUGGAGGCAUCAGAAAACCCGUGUCGAUAGCAGCCUUCCACCCAUGGAAACAGUUCCAGACCAUAUAUGUAGCCAAGAAGCCCCAACUACUCCCCUCAAAUAUAAGCAACGGCCACUGUUCGGUGGCACAGACGGAGCGGCGGACACUGAAUCGUUGCAUGGAUCUUUGCACAGUGACGAAACCCUCCGAGAAUCUCGCCAUCCACUCACAGAUCCUGAGCACGAUAGGAUGACCACAGAAGCCCAAAGCCCCCUCACAGGCUCGACCUCGGCCAAGCCUGGAUCCCCAGAGCCUACCAUCUCGGAUCAUCCAACCGAUGACUCUGAGGAAAAAACCGAUUCACCCCAGCCGGAGGUAUUUGCUGAACCAGAACUGAUUCUCAUCAAUGACAUCUUGUUUGUCAAAAGCCCUCCCAACAUAACACCAGUGCCAUACAAGAUGGUUCUCACCUUGACCAUCAAGCUUCAGAAAGGAGCACCAAGUGGCUGGAGCUACCUGGUCAUCCCGGGGUUGCCUAGGCUGGGAACUGAUGAAAUCGGGGUCUUGCUCUUUCAAAUUCCGGCAAACCACGGGCUUGAGUUUCGAGUCACGAACCUGGGACGGUACAAGAUGGUGGAGAAUUGCUUUCUGGCGGAGUUAGUCUAUCGUGGAGACAUUAUGAUACCUCUUCGACGGUGCGACCAGAAUUUCUACGGCAUUAUCAAAGGUUUCACCGUGGACCAAGAGAUCAAAGCGGAGAUCAUGCCUUGCUCUGGCGCCGCGGAAGGCACUCGCGACCGCCAGAAAUCGAUUUGCAUUCGGUACCAGGCAUUCUGCUCGGUGAAGCUUCACAAUCGUUGCUUUUGCGCUGAGAAAUGCUGUGUGUUACUAUCGAUAGAUGGUGGGCCCGAAGGCUUCUUUCGAACCGAACUUGACACUCGAAAAACAGGGCUACAGGUGGUUCAGAUCGCACCGGAACAUGACACGCCUCUGGGUACCUCGACCCUACAAAUCAUCUGCCACCCGAAGAACUAUGAGAUGUUCUGCAUCAGCUGGAUGGUCAAACUCUCUCACAACAACAAGAAGAAAGCAAGCAGCUGGCUUCCUAGAGUCUACCCUGGGCCAUCCGGUUCGAAUGAUCGUGCUAAGCAUUAUCUCAGAUACACUCACUUGGAACGAGGCGAUGAAUCUCCUUCUAAAAAUCCAGCAAAUCACCAUCCUGGAGAGUCUUCCAUGAAGGUAACGCCUGAAGAUUCCGAGGCUGGCUUGCAGACACAGGGGCAGCCGCUGGAGCAUACAUCGCAUUCCGAAGAGUCUGGCGCUGCAGAUGCUUCUCCAGUAGGGAUGAUAGACGAUGUAGUGAACAUUGGCGAAGAGACCUCCCCAAUGACGACAGAAGAACUCACGGACGUCGGUGAAGAAGCUCGUGGAGCAGUUAGUGGUGUGAAUGGUGAGGAGAAGAUUAUACAACGUGGCGAAGAUGCGAUAGCUGGUCAGAAUGAAAGGUACGCGAGUCUUCGAACGAAGGGGCUUGUUGUGAUGUUUUGCCUAGGGUUUGCUGUUGGUGGCAUGUUUACCUCUGUUUGGCUUGACAAUAUAUACGUCAACGCUCUCAGUCGUUCGUUUCGAGGCUCUUCGCAAUCGUCUGUCAUGCAUGAAGGGGGCAUUAAUUUGACUAGCGAGGUGAGCUCUGUGGCGGCGGAUGAGAACCACUUUCAGCAGAUGUUCAAGCUGAACAAGACUGCGUCAGUCGGAGGGGAUGUCAAUUUGCCGGAGGAACCGACUGAGCAGGAGUCUGUUGAUGCAGAGGUCGAAUUGGAGGGGUUGGGAAGUGGAGCAGAAGAAGUUGGAGAGAAGCAGCAGCCACUCCAUCCACACCAAACCCGUUCAUUCCGAGACCAGGUGGAUUACUGGCUGGGAUGGCGCGGGCCGAUUGUUCCAAACGGUGACCCAGUGUGAG